AUGAAUCGACCCCAAUAUUACUCUAAUCCAAGCCUCGCUCUGUGCCCUGGAAAUAUGGCGAUAUCUCUUCUCUUACAGCACUUCCCCUACGGCACCUACACCCCUAGAAGCCCCGCUCUUCCGUACAAUAUCCAUCCAUAUUACGACUCCUUCCCUCGAGAGCGCCCCGAAACCACCGCGGAAACCCGGCAAGGAGUAAAAUGGAGGCAAUGAAUAAAACAAAACAAAAAUAAGAAUUGACCGUAGGGUGGAUCAAACGCAUACAAGAUCUAAUAGGGACCGAGACCUAGCAUACCAUCCUGGACGCGUCGAUUUUUCAGUCAAAACUUUUACCAAGAAUGUCUCUUUGCCGCUAGGUUCCAUCUAAAAGCCGCCCUGACAUAUGAUAUGACAGAAAAGAAAAAGUAUAUGAUAUGAUACCUCGAAUGAUCACAGGCACUGUAUAGCCCAACACCAAUACUUUCGGAAAAAAUUGGCGCCACUUUUAUCUCCGAGGGAUGUCUGUCUCAGGGAGCGUCGCGGUGUUUCUAAAUUUGCGCGCGCCGAGCACGGGCAUUGAUUUCAGCGGCCCACAACUCCAGAUUUUGAUUAGAGUCCGCGGAUGGGGGCAGAUAAGUGGGUGUGGUAGCCCCCCCUGUGGUCGGUUUGUUCGGGACACGAUAAGCCCUUCAUGGCCAUCGAAUGGAACAGUAAUAUA